ACAAGGGCUCCAAACGAACAAAGAACAAGAACAAACUUUCAGUUCAGCGUUGAUGGAUCUACCUUCGGGAUUUCGUCCAUAUUUUUGCUUUCUGCCCAAUGGCCAGUUAAAGACAAAAUACAUGGAAAUGUAGCCUCUUAAUUAUUCUCAUAGGUCCUGAAAUUCCCGUGAGGAGGAGCCACCACUUCUGUGCGGCUCCGGCUGUUUCUGCCUCUGUUGACCAUUCGGGGUAGCUCCCAGAAUGUUCCGGGAGGCCCUACACAUGAUUUUCACUAAAAGUUGUAUUGAUCCUCGUGAAUCCUUUGCCUGUGCUAUCAGGCACCAGCCUUCACCGUCCACUGUCCCUGAAACUGCUACCAGGCCUCCAGAACUUCAAACCCCUCCAUACUAUCAUCAGUGUUUUCGCAGCGCAGUGUCUGUUUGUGUGAGGAAACAGAGGAAAACAGAUUAUUCAAAAUCAACACGUCUUCUCCUGGGGGAGUGUGAACUCUUUCCGAACUGCCCUUCACUACACAUGGUAGUAAAGAACUACAAAUCCCAGCAAUCAAAAAACAAAGAUCCCAUCGAAGUAAGACCACGUCAUUUAUUCAUGGCCAAGAUGAAUAAAACACGAUAGUGUGGUAUUUUCUCUGUGAAAUGAGGAGCACCAACUCAAGUUCACAAUUCAACAUGCAGACUGGACUCUCGGGCAAUUCAACAUCUUCCCCCCCUUUUCCUAUCAUCAAGGUGUGUGUGAUGGUUCCCUUCUUCUCCAUCUUCCUCUUCUGCAUCGUGCUCAUGCUCUACAUCUUCGCAUCUAACCGGCACUUCAUGGACAGCACUCGCUACAUCUUGUUUGCCUUCAUGCUGGUCAACGACACCCUAGUAAUGUUGUCCUCUGUGCUGCUCUUGUUCCUGGCUGCCGCCCAGGCGAGGUUCCCCAUUGUCUUCUGUGCCCCCCUGCUGUUCUUCUCCACUGCUUCCUUCCUCAACACCCCUCUCAUCCUAGCUACCAUGUCCCUGGAGCGCUACGUGGCUAUCAUGUACCCACUGCAGUGCCCACCUGCGUGGCGGUCCGACCGCGCCUGGAUCAUCUUGCUGUGCCUGUGGCUCAUCAGCUGUGUCCUCCCCACGGUGGACUUCUCCAUAGCGGGGGCUCGUCCCGGCGUGGACGUCCUCUCCACGCCCGUCUAUUGCAGCACCGUGGUGCUCAACUCUUCUACCGUGCAGACUCUGUUCAAGGUCUCUCUGAAUGGGUUUUUCUUCGGGGCGGUGGCGCUCAUGAUCCUCUACACCUACAUCAAGAUCCUCCUGGAGACCAAGAAGAUGAGGCAGGACAGGGCCUCUGUGAACAAAGCCAUGCACACCGUGCUGCUCCACGGCUUUCAGCUGCUGCUCUGCCUCUUGGCCUUCACUAAUCCCAUCUCCGAACAGCUCCUCGUGCUGCACGCCAACUGGUUACCCGACGACAUCUACUUCUUCAACUACUUCUGUUUUAUCCUCAUCCCGCGUUUCCUCAGCCCACUCAUCUACGGCUGGCGGGACAAGAGCCUGAGAGACCACAUGAGAAGAGCAGCUCUGUGCUGCUCUUGUGGCUUCAGGACGCGUGACACGGAGAAGCCAUUGUCAUAAUUCAUAAAUCUAGCAUAUUUACAGUUUCAAGUUGGGCUUUUGUAGCGGGGCCAGGUUCAGGGAUCUAUAUGAAGCGACAACUGUGUAAGAAGUUUAGAUAUUUUGUAUAAAUUGUGUGCCAAACAAGGCAAAUCUAUUUAUGUAGCAACCUUCAAAAAGAAAGGACAUUCAGUGGGCCUUGGCGCUAAAGACAAUAAAAUGGUAGCAUUGAUGCCAUAAUCGAUAAUGUUUCUUUAUUUCAAGGGCUAAUUUAAAGAUAAGCAUACCAAUUCUGAAUGUAUGUCCACAUGAUACUAUGUUUAUGUGACUUUCUGAUGACAUUCUUUGUACAUUUAUACAAAGAUGAAUCAUGCAUUUAAAUUAAAUAAUUAAAUGUAUCUCUGUACUUUUAUUUGCUCUCUCUUUAGUUUCU